AUGGCUCGGCGCCACGGCCGCCACCCGUCUCUCGUCCGCAUCGCCCUCCUGCUCCUCGCCGGUCUCGCCGCCGCCGUGGUAGUGUCGACCUUGCGUUCAGCGGCGGAUCCAGAGGAUGCGGAGAUCCGGAUCAGCGUGCACUACCCCACCGAGGAGGAGUCUCAGUGGCUGGACCGCUGGGCGGAGAAGUACCGCGCCAAACAGCCCGGCUCUGGCUUCUCCGUCGAGCCGGCCACCGACGAGGAGUCGGCGUACCUGAACCGCAUCUUCUCCGACGGCAAGAAAGGCGGCGGCGCCCGUGCCGGCUUCGACGGCCGCAUCGAGUUCGACGACAACGACCGUCCUAGAAUCGUCGUUGACAACAACUACUCUGAGCGUCGCUCGUCUGAGCCGGAUUCGAACGCUGAUGAUCUGCAGAACAAGGAGUCUUACUCUUACGCCGAGCAUGACGCCAUGGAGCUCUAGGAACAUCCAAACCUAACUGUGUGGGGCCACCAACGGCCUGGCGUGCAUCGACGGAAUAAUGGAGGUUGGCAGCGAGGGAGCUGAGUUCGUGUGUCAUGUAACCUGUGUUCUAGUAGCUUCUUGUGGAGUCCCAGCUAGUAGGGUUUGUCUUGAGACUUGAGAGAGUUUA